UUUCCCCUCUCUUUUACCCCUUGUCGCUCAGCACCCUCGCAAGCUAGGGCUUUCUCGCACACACACACUGGCACAGAAAACGUUUCCACCUCUCUCGCCAGAACUGCUCUCGCAGGCGAAUUCAGUCCGAACUUCAGCUUGUCACACAUAGGUCGCGGAGAAGUUUAAUUUGUCAAUCGGCGAUGCCGCGGCGGAGAGACGACUACGAGGACGACGACGUUGAGCAGGACGAAGAGGAGGAGUACGACGCCGUUGAUGAGGAGGAUGAGGAAGCGGAUGAUUAUGACGACGGCGGGAAGACCAAACGCAAGAGGACUAGAUCGGAUUUUAUAGAUGAUUAUGCGGAGGAGGACGACGAGGAAGAGGAGGACGAUGAUGAGGAGUAUGGAGGAGGUGGCCGCGGGGGGAAACGGCAUAGGAAGGCCGCUUCGGAGUUUUUUGAUGAGGAGGCGGCGGUGGAUAGCGACGAGGAAGAGGAGGAAGAGGAAGGGGAAGAUGAUUUCAUUGACACUGGGGCUGAUAUACCUGAUGAGGACGAUCGGCGAAUUCAUCAUCGUCCAUUGCUUCCGCGUGAGGAUGAGCAAGAGGAUGUAGAAGAAAUGGAGAGGAGGAUUCAGGAGAGAUAUGCAAAGAGCCUUAAUGUGGAGUAUGAUGAGGAGGCAACAGAUGUUGAACAGCAGGCUCUACUGCCGUCUGUUAGGGAUCCAAAAUUAUGGAUGGUCAAAUGUGCGAUUGGUCGUGAAAGGGAGGUGGCUGUCUGCCUUAUGCAGAAGUUCAUUGACAGAGGACCUGAAUUGCAAAUUAGAUCUGCAAUUGCACUUGAUCACCUCAAAAACUAUAUCUAUAUAGAGGCUGACAAAGAAGCCCAUGUGAGGGAGGCUGUUAAGGGCAUGCGCAAUAUAUAUCCAACUAAAAUAAUGCUUGUCCCUAUCAAGGAGAUGACAGACGUUCUGUCAGUUGAAAGCAAAGCAAUUGAUAUUUCUAGGGAUACCUGGGUUAGAAUGAAAAUAGGUACAUAUAAAGGGGAUCUUGCUAAGGUUGUGGAUGUUGACAAUGUACGGCAGAGAGCAACAGUGAAAUUAAUUCCAAGGAUUGACUUGCAAGCACUGGCUAAUAAGUUGGAAGGGAGGGAAGUUCAGAAGAAAAAGGCAUUCACCCCUCCUGCCAGAUUUAUGAAUAUUGAUGAAGCUAGAGAGCUGCAUAUUCGUGUAGAGCGCAGAAGAGAUCCAGCUACAGGUGAUUAUUAUGAAAAGAUUGAAGGGAUGAUGUUCAAGGAUGGUUUCUUGUACAAAAAUGUAUCACUGAAGUCACUCAGCACCCAGAAUGUGCAACCAACCUUUGAUGAACUCGAGAAAUUUAGGCAACCUGGUGAAACCGGGGAUGGUGACAUGUCAAGUUUGUCUACGCUCUUUGCAAACAGAAAGAAAGGUCAUUUCAUGAAGGGUGAUAGGGUGAUAGUUGUUAAGGGAGAUCUUCGAAACUUGAAAGGAUGGGUGGAAAAGGUUGAGGAAGAUACAGUGCAUAUAAAACCAAAUGAAAAAGGCCUUCCUAAAACACUUGCUAUCAGUGACAAAGAGCUUUGCAAGUACUUUGAACCAGGAAAUCAUGUGAAGGUUGUAUCUGGUGCUACAGAAGGUGCAACUGGUAUGGUUGUUUCAGUUGAAGGUCAUGUGGUGAAUAUAGUUUCAGACACAACGAAGGAACUUCUUCGUGUCUUUGCAGACAAUGUUGUGGAAAGCUCUGAAGUAACAUCCGGUGUCACACGGAUUGGUGACUAUGAGCUUCAUGACCUUGUGCUACUCGAUGAUAAUAGUUUUGGUGUGAUUAUACGUGUGGAGAGUGAAGCUUUUCAGGUCCUGAAGGGUGUUCCAGAGAGACCUGAUGUUGCGCUUGUGAGGUUAAGAGAGAUCAAAUACAAAAUUGAUAAGAAGAUUUUUGCCAAAGAUCGAUACAAGAACACAUUAUCCGCGAAAGAUGUUGUAAAAAUCCUUGAGGGUCCGUGUAGGGGAAAGCAAGGUCCUGUUGAACAUAUCUAUAAAGGAAUUCUGUUUAUUUAUGAUCGGCAUCACCUUGAGCAUGCUGGUUUCAUUUGCGUCAAAUCUGAGUCUUGCAUGAUGGUUGGUGGAUCACGUGCAAAUGGUGAUAGGAAUGGUAAUGCAUUGACGUCAAGAUUCGCCCAUCUCAGAACUCCACCGCGUGUUCCCCAGUCUCCCAUGAGAUCAGCUAGAGGUGGUUCAAUGAAUUUUGGAGGAAGACAUGGAGGAAGGUCGGGAGGUGGAAGGGGUCAUGAUUCUUUAAUUGGGGCUUCCGUCAAAAUUCGUCUGGGCCAUUAUAAGGGAUGCAAAGGCCGUGUUGUUGAUGUCAAAGGUUCGAUGGUCCGGGUUGAAUUAGAGUCGCAAAUGAAGGUUGUCGCAGUUGAUCGCAGUUAUAUCUCAGACAACGUCAAUGUAUCUACGCCAUUCAGGGAAACAUCCAGAUAUGGUAUGGGAAGUGAGACGCCUAUGCAUCCUUCUCGAACUCCACUUCAUCCAUAUAUGACUCCUAUGAGAGAUUCUGGAGUAACCCCUGCUCUUGAUGGUAUGAGGACGCCUAUGCGUGACCGAGCAUGGAAUCCUUACACGCCAAUGAGUCCACCAAGGGACAAUUGGGAAGAUGGGAACCCUGGUUCUUGGGGAACUAGUCCGCAGUAUCAGCCAUCAAGUCCUCGUUCACGAGCGUAUGAAGCGCCGACACCUGGUUCUGGUUGGACAAGUACUCCUAGUGGCAAUUACAAUGAUGCCGGCACACCAAGAGAUAGCGGUUCUGCCUAUGCAAAUGCUCCGAGUCCGUACUUGCCUUCUACGCCUGGUGGGCAGCCGCCUAUGACCCCAAGUUCCGCAUAUUUGCCUGGUACACCUGGUGGGCAACCAAUGACACCUGGAAGUGGUGGUUUGGAUAUGAUGUCUCCUGUAGUAGGUUCAGACAAUGAAGGCCCUUGGUUCUUGCCUGAUAUUUUGGUCAAUGUUCGUAGGUCUGGUGAAGACAGUUCUUUGGGAGUUAUAAGAGAAGUGCUUCCGGACGGCUCAUGUAAGGUAGCUCUUGGAUCAAGUGGAAACGGAGAAAUGGUCACUGCCCUUCCCAGUGAAAUUGAGAUAGUGGCUCCUAGGAAAGCAGAGAAGAUUAAGAUCAUGGGUGGUGCGCACCGUGGGGCCACUGGGAAACUUAUUGGUAUUGAUGGAACUGAUGGCAUUGUGAAAGUCGAUGAUACACUGGAUGUUAAAAUCUUAGACAUGGUUAUAUUGGCAAAACUAGUUCAAACGUGACAACGACCUGUAAUUACCUCGGAGCAAGCUUUUGUAGAGAGCAAUGUAAUAUUGUUUCUCUCACAAGUUUUUGGAGUGGUUGUGAAGUAUUGGGUAAAUCAAAGACCCCCCUUACGCACGCAACAGACUCAGUCAAGACUGGUAAUACAAGUGUAAGGAGCAAUGAUUUCCACUGUUCUGGUUACAUAUAACUUGCCCAUGACAUUCUGGAAUUUCCGAGCCGAAUGACUUAGGAGGGGCUGCACCAAGUUUUUCUUGUCUUCGCACUGGGCACUCAUCUCAAGUGUUUGUUUGGCUCUGGUGAGAAAUGGAUGCACAAGGAAAGAAAAAUUUAGAAGUAAUAUACAAGGAAAGUCUUCCUUGCGCUUUUUUCAGUAACCGAACCAGACGAGAAAGAAUUAAUUUACAGCAUAAUUAAUAAAAUAAAGUAGGCGGGUAAUGUUUUUGUUUGUCCUUUGUUCUUCCCGCUCCUGUUAGCUGUAGGGACUACAGGAAGAUGCAUAUAUCCUGUUGGUUGUGGUUCAAUAAAAACUGUAUGGUGGUCGAAUAUUGCACUCAAGAUUGAUUCCUGGAAGGUGGGGCUACUUACUCUUAUAUUAAUAGAAUUUGUGGG